AUUUAAAUGUCCAGUAAAAAGGUGGUGCGGGGAAAUUAGACUGAAGUGUUUCUUUCAGCCGGCUGGAGCUCAGAGCGGGACCAGAAACUGAAACUUUCAGUCAAAACUUACUAUUUGCUUCCGGAGCGGCUCUUCUUUUAAAAAGACUUUGGACUGACUCAUAUCAUUUUUUUUUUUUUUCACUUUGCUCGGGGAUUUUUUUUUUUUUUUUUUUUCCUUUUUUUUCGUCCUUUCACAUUUUGACUCGCAGCUUGAACCACUUUAUAGAUAUGUUUUAUCUCUUUAAGCUCUGGCUUUAAGUGCAGAUCCUAAGGGAUUGAAUCGCUUUAAACUCUAGCACUUUCUCCGGGUCCCUGGGGCCUUUUUUCAUUAGUGAGCGAAAACUUCAUCAGGUUACACGCCGGCAGAAGCGGAGCUACGUGACUUUUCUCACUCUCACAGCUCGAACUGGGAGCAGAUGACUCGGGAAAUCCCGUUCAGCAUAAUUUUUCUAACCUGACUGACCACGCCUUUUUAUUAUAUUAUUCCCUUCAGUUUAUUAAUUUCUAAACUUGAGUGAAAGUGAGCGCCUGGCCACGUCAAUCUCUCUCUGUGCGCAAACACCGCGAAAUGACACCGAGUUUUGUUCUCGGCUGUGUGGUGGCGCUUUACCUGCUCCUCUCACCUGUACAGAAUUUACCCACGGCAGACACAAAUAGCACCAUGGAAGUGCUGAUGUUUCAAGAGGUGUGGGGUCGCAGCUUCUGUCGGACCAUGGAGAAGCUGGUAGAGGUUGUCCAAGAAUACCCGACGGAGGUGGAGCACAUCUACAGUCCCUCCUGUGUGCCACUGGUGAGAUGUGCCGGCUGCUGUGGAGACGAGAACUUAGAGUGUCAUCCCACUGAAACUUCCAAUGUCACAAUGCAGCUGCUGAAAAUCCGGCCAUCUGAACCAGGUGAAGAAUAUGUUGAGAUGACCUUUGUGGAGCAUAAGACAUGUGAAUGUAGAGUGCGGAAACCUUUGAUGAAGGCUGGAAGGAAAAGGCAACGAGGAAGAGGAAGGAGGAGAAAGGAGAGACAAAAAGCAAAAGACUGUGACAGGUGCCAGAUUCCUCGCAGGUAACUUAGCGGCAACCCAACUACUGUUGCAGCGUGGCUGACUAUUUAUCUCCAGCCUGGCAACAGCAUGAAGAGUCUCCUCCACUCAUCUAUCAAAACCUGUGUGUCCGCUGCCAGAGACUCCAACAGCUGGGUUGGUUUGCUGACACGCUGUCCUGAUGACGGACAGGGUGUCUGCAAUAACGAGAUUCAACAGGACGUGCAUAUUGAUUGGUGGAAACACUUUCUGUUACACACCUGACACAAUGGACAUCCAUGGGAGCCAGUGCAAUGUAAAAAAGAACAGACUCAACUUUUAAACUUCCACUUGAUAUUAUUGUGUCAGUUAUUUUAAGUUGUCAGUUUUUUUUUGUUUUUUUCUGUAUUUAAAUUUGGUAAUACGUGUUAAAUCUCUAUAUUUAUUGCUGAAAUAGUUGGACCAGCAACCUUUAAAAAGUGUGUUAUCCUUUGUCAAAAUAUUAUUAUAAACACUUUGACUUGUAUUGGUGGUUUUAUUUUGACUGAAUGUACAGCUGCUUUGUACAUGCAACAAUGAUAGGUCUCCCUCUAGUGUCUAAAAAUAGGAUGUAACAAUGCUCAAUAUUAAAAUA